GCGCCGUGACAGAAGUCAAAACGGACAUCUACGUGACCAGCUUCGGGCCGGUGUCCGACGUGGAGAUGGAAUACACAAUGGAUGUCUUCUUUCGGCAGACAUGGACUGAUGAGAGGUUGAAGUUUAGUGGGCCAACUGAAAUUUUGAGAUUGAACAAUUUAAUGGUCAGUAAAAUUUGGACACCAGACACAUUUUUUAGAAAUGGGAAAAAAUCAAUUGCUCAUAAUAUGACCACUCCUAACAAACUUUUCAGAAUUAUGCAGAAUGGAACUAUUCUUUACACGAUGAGACUAACCAUUAAUGCUGAUUGUCCUAUGCGGUUGGUGAACUUCCCUAUGGAUGGACAUGCUUGUCCUUUGAAGUUUGGAAGCUAUGCUUAUCCAAAAAGUGAAAUAAUUUAUACAUGGAAAAAAGGACCCCUGCAUUCAGUAGAAGUACCACAGGAGUCUUCUAGUCUCCUCCAGUAUGACCUCAUAGGACAAACUGUAUCUAGUGAAACAAUUAAAUCUAACACAGGUGAAUAUGUAAUCAUGACAGUUUAUUUCCACUUGCAAAGGAAGAUGGGCUACUUCAUGAUACAGAUAUAUACUCCAUGUAUUAUGACAGUCAUUCUUUCUCAGGUGUCUUUCUGGAUUAACAAGGAGUCUGUUCCAGCCAGAACAGUUUUUGGAAUCACUACAGUUCUAACAAUGACCACUUUAAGCAUCAGUGCACGCCAUUCUUUGCCCAAGGUGUCCUAUGCUACCGCCAUGGAUUGGUUCAUAGCUGUGUGCUUUGCCUUUGUCUUCUCUGCACUUAUUGAGUUUGCAGCUGUCAACUACUUUACCAAUCUUCAGACUCAGAGAGCAAUGAGGAAGGCAGCCAGGGCAGCAGCACUGGCAGCAGCACUAUCAGCAGCAACUGUACCGGCAGAGGACGAGAUUGUCUCGCAUUCUGACUCCAACUGCAACCUGAAGAAGCGAGUAAACUCCAUAACAUCUCAGGCAGAUCAGUCUACUGAAGCCAGCAUAAUAUCAAAUAAUGGAUCCCAGUGUCAGCCAGUAUCUGUUCCUCCCCCAGCCCCCCCACCCCCACCUAUUGGAGGCACAAGUAAAAUAGAUCAGUAUUCUAGGAUCCUCUUUCCAGUGGCGUUUGCAGGAUUCAACUUGGUAUACUGGGUCGUUUAUCUUUCAAAAGACACUAUGGAAUUUUUUGAACCUACUGCAAUGCAUCUUCGAAAUGACCAUCAGUCCCUCUGAAGAACAGCUCAAGGUUUCAAAGAAAUCACUGAAGGUCAUGUAGGGUUGAAGGGGACUUCAAAGGA